GGCGACGUCUUGGUUUAUUCUUUCCUUCUGCGGCGUUUGAAAUAUUUUUCUCUCUCACACGCACACACAUAUCGAUCGAUUUUCGGAGUAUCAGUUGCCGGUGAUGAGAAAUAUUGGCAUGAGCUGCAACAACUAAUUUGCGCACCCAUGGUUUCUAACCCAUGGGGUUGUUGAUGCGAGGAAGAAUGUGUCAAUAUGCUAAUCUGAGGCAUUUAAUAAUCUCUUUUGGCAAAUAUACAGAUUUGGAUAAACAUUUUUUUAUGUGGGUUUUGAUUUGAUUCGAAUUUGUUCCAUGUGGGUUGUAGGAUCUUAUAAAACAUUUUCAGACUUGUUGAAACCCUAAAUAUUUUUCCCUUUUGAUGGACUUAUCACUUACCCAAAACAAAAUAAUGAACUUUUCACUAUGAAUCUUUUUGAUGAAUUUGCAUUUGUUCCGUUUACUGCAGAUAUUCUUGGCUUUUCUUUCAAAGAAAGAUGAUAUAAAUGCAGAAUUUUGUUUCCCUGCGAGUUACUAAUUUUGGAGAAUGACCACUACUCGGCUCACUUUGGUUACAGAGACUUUCUCCUUAGGCGCAUCUCUUACCAACACAAAACGAGGGUUUUGCUUGAUACUGGAUUUGCCCAAACAUUAAUUUGCCAAAAUGCUGACAAGAAAACUCUGAUUACUUAUGGAUAACACCAAUGAUACCGAAAAAAGGCUAUUAAUUUAGUAUUUGAAUUUAUAUGACCUCGUAAUCAAACAAAUAAGACCCAAGUUUAUUUUUUGCGAUGCAUUUGAAUAUGCUAUGAUUUAAUUGUUGUGUUGUUGAUUUGAUUACCCAAUUUCAUACCUUCCUGGUUGUGUUGUUCAUUGUCUAGAGGUUGAAGAACUUGUUUAUUACUGUUAAGUGUUUCCCAGAAAGAGAAAAAAAAAAAAAAGCAGACCUCUUUUUAUAUAGUAGAGUUGUAUGUAGGCAAAUGACUCUUUUCUAUUCGUUAUUUAUUUUUAUAACCAAACAAAAUGCAGAUGGUCAAACUGAUGAAUGCUGUGCUUUGAUUGUUUGGUUGAAAAGAGAACUGUACCUUUUUUGGUUGAAUGGUAGCUUUUAAGUUGUUUUCUGCAUUCAUAUGUUAGGUGAAGAAGAUAAAUACAAGGACUAAAGCUCCAAGGCUAAGGAAAUGUCUACGUUCACAUAAAAUCAUCUUUAUAUAUCAGAGGCCAAGCACCAGGUUUUUAAGCUUAUUGUGAUUCCAAACAAGCUGAGGCUUGAAAAUUUCUUGUUGUUUUCUCACUUCGCCGUGGUGGUAGAAGCUAACGAUGGGGCGGGACGGACCGGGAAGACUUGGGGGCCCAGGUUGGGGACCUUGGGGCCCGAAACCGCCGGGUUGGGGCCCUGAACAUGGUCAUCAUUCUGGGGGUUUUUUAGGAGGGUGUUGUGAGGGUAUAUGCCACAUGAUAUGUGCUUGCUUAUCCUGCCUCUGCUGCUGCGGGUUGCUGCAAGAUUGUUUCGGCGGCGAACGUCGUCACCCUCACCCUCACGGUGGCCCACGUCGUUUCUGAUCAGUCGGGGCAGAAAUAUAAUGCAGUAACAGUGGCGAUUUUGGCUUAUUAUCGAUGCAUAUUAUAUAUGUUAACACAAUGAUGAAUUCUGGAGGUUUUAAUUGCUUAGUUUCCAGUUAUAUUUAGAGUGCAUGUUUUUGUCCUUCUGCUGGAUGGUCAAAUAAGGGAAAAGGGUAAAUCUUCUUUUCUCUUUGUAAACCUUCAGAUUAUGACAAUUUGGUUUUGUUGGAAUUUUAUAAAAGACUUAUUACUAAUAUGGGCAUGAGGCUUAUUAUUAAUAAUAUGGGCAUGGUUAUGAGUGCUCUCUCUCUCUCUCUCUCUCU